CCGGCAAUUCCGAGACAGCAGCACGUGGCGACCGCAGCCGCCGCACACCGUCGACCUUCCCGUUGCCAAACUUCGUCUCGACUGCAGCAGACCUGGGAGUUUGACGACAACUCGCACACACGCAUGAACACUCAAUUCAACCAACAACCGCCGGGUAGCCAAGGUGCACCGGGCUUCCGGCCGUUCAAUCCUGCGCAAGGACAACAGCCUGGUCCGCCUGGAUCGGGAGCGAUUCCUCCCAACAACGGACCUGCCGGGAGUUUCAACCAGCAACCACAACAACCUGGUUUUCAACCUCCCGUCGGCGGAGGGUUCCAACAACCUCCUCGAUCGUUUGGAGGCGGAGCGCCACCUGCACCAGGCCCACAGCAACCCGGUCCUGCACCUCAGCAAUUUGGCGCUCCACGUGGACCUCCGACUUCGCAACCUGCACCUUUCGGCGGACAACCUCGCGGUCCACCUGGCCCUCCCGGUCCUCCUCAUUCCGGUGGACCACAAUUGAACCGUCAGCAUAGUGGACCUCCCAGCGGCCCACAAUAUGGCGGUGCACCUCGGGGACCACCAUCGCAACCUGGUGGUAUUCCUCCUCAAGGAGGCCCUCCUGGUCAAUUUGGCGCCCCCACUGGUCUCCCGCCAGCCCCUGGUCUUGCACAACAAUUCGGCCGCAUGUCCGUUGGCGGCCCUCCCACUGGCCCACCACAAGGACCUGGCCAGUUCCAGCAAGGCCCGCCGCCUCCCGGUGGUGGAUUCCCGCCCCAGGCUCCCCCUCAGUUCCAGAAGGGCCCCCCACCCCCUGGCCAAUUUCAACAAGGGCCACCUCACUUCCAACAAGGCCCCCCACCCCCUGGCCCAGGGUUCCCUCCGCAGGCCCCUCCUCACUUCCAGCAGGGAACUCCAGGGGCCGGGUACCCUCCACAACAUGCCCACCAGCAAGGAGGUGUCCCGAGUGGCGACUUCAACCAGGCUGGCUUUGUCUCGAAUGCACCAAUGCCGCCGACUGGCCAGCUCUCGGAAGCAGUCUUGGCAGCCCAGUGCGACCCUCGCUACAUGCGCCUGACGGUGAACGCGAUCCCGCACUCGCAAGAGCACGCGACCAAGUCGGCGCUUCCGCUCGGCGUGAUCAUUCAGCCGUUGGCAAAGCCAGACAAGGGCAAGGAACUGGACGUCGUCAACUUUGGCGCGAGCGGCGUCGUUCGAUGCAAAGCGUGCCGCACUUACAUCAACCCGUUUGUACAGUGGGUCGACAACGGCCGGCGGUGGCGAUGUAACUUGUGCGGUGUUUCCAACGACGUGUCGGGCAAUUACUUUUGCCAUCUCGGCCCCGACGGCCUUCGCCAGGACAAAGACGAGCGCCCGGAACUCCGCAGCGGCAGCGUUGAAAUCGUGGCGUCGUCGGAGUACAUGAUGCGCCCGCCGACGCCCCCGGUCUACGUGUUUGUGAUUGAUGUGUCUGCCCAAGCCGUGGCCAGCGGCAUGCUGGCAGUGGCCACCGACACCAUCAAGCACGAGCUGGACAAUUUGCCCGGUGCACCCCGCACUCGCGUGGGCUUUAUCACGUUUGACAACGCUGUGCACUUUUACAACCUCAAGGCGGGGCUCAACAGUCCGCAGAUGAUGGUCGUGCCGGACAUCAACGAGUUGUUCAUUCCCAUUCCAGACGAAUUGCUCGUCAACUUGAGCGACUCGCGCGAACUGGUUGAAGCGCUGCUCGACAUGCUCCCGCGUGCCCAUCAAAACACACGCAACCCAGACACGUGUCUCGGCCCUGCGAUCCGCGCCGCCUUUCGCUUGAUGACGUCUGUGGGCGGCAAGAUGCUCGUGUUUCAAAGCUCGCUCCCGACGGCGGGCCAGGGAUCGCUCAAGCACCGCGAAGACUCUCGUGUGCUCGGAUCGAACAAGGAGCACGAUCUGCUCAACCCCGUGGAUACGUUUUACCGGAAGAACGCGAUCGAGUUUUGCCGCCAACAAGUCAGCGUCGACACGUUUUUGUUUUCCCCGCAAUACACCGACUACGCGUCGCUCGGCGCCAUGUCCAAGUACUCGGCUGGCCAAGUGUUUUACUACCCUGGGUUUACCGCCGCAAAAGAUGGCGACAAGUUUCGUGCAGAGCUGGCGCACACUCUGACGCGCGAGACGGGGUGGGAAGCGGUCAUGCGAGUGCGGUGCACCAAGGGCAUGCGCCUUGUCAACUUUUACGGCAACUCGUUCUUGCGCGGGCCGGACCUCCUUGCCUUGCCCAACUGUCACGCCGACGCUGCGUUUGCCAUCGAGAUCGAGCACCAGGACGCCCUCCUGACCGCAAGCGUCAUCAGCAUCCAAGCCGCUUUGCUCUAUACCACGUCAUGCGGUGAACGUCGCAUCCGCGUGCUCACGGUGGCGGUUCCUGUGACCAAGUUAUUUGCUGAAGUGUUUCGCUCCGUCGAUGUGGACGCCAUCUGCAACAUGAUUGCGAAGAACGCGCUGGAAGUCGCUCUCAAGACUGGCCUCGAGCCGGCCCGCAACAAGAUGCAGCAAGUGUGCGUCGACAUUGCUCGAGCGUAUCGCACGAGUGGCGCGUAUGGCCAAAAUAACCCGUCCAACUCGGGCUUUCAGCUGCAGUUGCCCGAGUCCUUGCAGCUACUGCCUCUGUACACGAUGGCACUGAUGAAGAGCCCUGCGUUUCGUGGCGGUACCGACAUUGGAUCGGACGAGCGGUCGCAUGUCCAGUACUCACUGUACAACAUGCCUGUGUCGCUGUCGCGCAGUUUCAUCUACCCGCGGUUGUUUUCGUUGUUGGACUUGCCCCCUGAUGCGGGCUUUCCAUCGGACGACCCGCGCGCCGCGACGGCCGGCGCGGACAAGAUUGUGUUGCCGCAUGUGCUCAACCUGUCCGUCGAGCGCCUCAACACGGAGGGCGCGUUUUUGCUCGAAGACACGCUCAGCUUGUACCUUUGGAUCGGGCGAGGGCUCAACUCUCGAUUUGUGUCGAGUCUCUUUGGCGUCGACUCGAUCGACGGCGUCGACUGCCGCGAGUUGUCCCUGGCGGCCCCAAAAGACGACAUCGGGACCCGCGUGCACAACAUCGUCAAGGCGCUUCGGGAGGAUCGGACGGCGCACAUGAAGCUGCACGUGAUUCGGGAGGGCCAUCCCGUGGAAGGCAAGUUUUUUUGGAAGCUGGUCGAAGACCGCGCGAGUUUUGCGGGAGGCCAGGCGUCGUACGCCGAGUACUUGGGUCAAAUCAACCGCCUCAGCCACGGCGGCAAGUAAGGUAGCCCCCAUGGUAUCCUCAAAUACUCGAAUGCAUUUUGAACCACCCGGUCAACUUGACGCAUGCACACGACUGUAUCAUGAUCGACUUGUUAUCGUCGAGAAUGCGCGAGCAUCGUCGCGAGCUACGAGUCAAAACCGGCACGCACAUAGACGUAAACAGACACGUCCUUUGCCGUCCACG